GAUCCUCCAGCCGAAUCUGAGGUCUACUAUCUUUUAUGUCCCCCGCGCCGGGUCCCAAUGACUCUGGCGCGUCUGCGAGUAUGACGGCACCUGCCUCUGAUACCCACCGUCCAUCGCAGUCGUCCUCAGCUUCCCAGGCGCCCGCUAACGUCGCAGGCGACCUUCCCUCUGGUGACGAUUCCACCUCGGUCUCUACCCAUACGUAUACUGCCACGGCUACCGCUACGGACACGCAGACCGCAACUGCUACGGCCACUGCUACUGCGUCGGCGACGAAGACUGCUACCGUAACAUCUAGCGCCACGACCAGCGCAGCCCCCCCGCCGCCGAUGAACGUCGGCGGUACCCCUCCAGAUGAUGAAGAUAACGACGGCACGACGUCCACUUCAACCUCAGAUACCUCCUCGUCGCAAGCGACACAUCACCCGCACUCCCACUCUGACUCUGCGGAUGCGAGCGGAGCCGCCGGUACUGUCACAUCCAGCUCUAGCCAGUCGUCCAAGGCCCCACAUUCUUCCCCUACGCCCGCUAAUCACCAGUCUCACCCGUUCCUUCCGUCGUCCAACUCUGAUACUGAUUCCGACCCUGCUCCUGGAUCAGAGCAAGGUCAGUCUAGUCCGGGCACUUCAUCUCCACAGCCGGCGGGUAACAACCGCGUCCUUGGACCUCAAUCCACGGCAUCGAACCCGACGAGCAGCGGACGGCCGGCAGGUAACUCAGAGCAGGCAGAAAAGGAGGAUUCGGAAGUCGUCGUAAACCAGUCAGGCCAGGGGAGCGACGAGAGCUCUCCCGGCCCUGUCAAAGCGAACGCUCACCUUGCCGUCACACAAGGUCCCGCCGCUCCCUCUUCGCCUCCCGAGCCCGCCAGUACGAUCACGUACGCCCACAGCAAGCUCACGACGGCCACUUCGACGUUCACCACGACGCUGCGGAGUACGGAGGCCCACGGGCACGUGGUCGAGUCGACCAGUACCGGGACGAGCACGUACACCUUCGCCGUCCCCGACUUGACAAGCACUUCCUCGCCGUCUUCUGGCCACAAACCCGACCUUGGCGCGAUCAUCGGAGGCGUUAUAGGCGGUGUCGUCGCCUUCGUCCUGUUCCUCGUCCUCGUAUGCCUUGUGCGCAGGAAGCGGCGCGGCGUCGUCCUCGACUCGCGCUUCACGGGGCGCAAGAGCGGGGACAGCAUCAAAGCCCGUCCCUCCGAAGACGACGGGGAAGGGGAGGCGGGAGAUGCCGAGAAGGGCGCGGGCGGAAGGUGGGGCUACGGCACGAUCGCGCGCGCGAGCGAGUCGUCGGACUUCCAUAUGGAGGGCAACGACGCGGACUUUACGGACACGGACGCGAGCCUGAGCUUCAACCCGUUCUGGGACCCGUCGGAGCCGCCGAGCGCGCGCACGAGCGUCGCGAGCCCCGUGCCGAACGGGAGCGUGCGGUCGAAGGAGAGCCCGGGGAAUGCGCAGGCGAAUAGUGGGAGCGUCAGGUCGAGGGAGAGCCCGUGGAACGGGCACGGCCCGGCGAGCUCGUCCGUGCGGGUGGUGGAAGAUGGUGAGUCGAGGAGCUUCAGGAGCGCGGAGGCGGAGGGGGCGUCGAGUGUCGGCGCGGUUGAGAACGACUCGUUGCGAUCCGGGUCGGGCGCCAGCAGGGCCGUGAGGAACCAGAUAUCGUGGUACUCGGAUUGCGGGCACGAGCGCACGUCUUCGAGAGGGAGCGGCGGCGCGCGCGUGUCGCGGUAUAGCCCCGCCCACCGGAGCCGGCUGUCGCAGACGCAGGUAUGGGGUGAGGAGAACGGCGAAGUAGAGGGCGGGGGUGUGGGUGAAGUGCCGCGACCGGAGUCGCUUGUAUCGAUGUGCUCUUCUACAGGAGGCGAGAGCGCGGUAUCAAGAGAGGACAGCGUGUCGCCGUCGCCGCCACAAUUCGCACCGUUCACGACGCCUUCGCCGGAACUUGUCUUCCGCCUGCCGAACAUCCACAUCAGGAUCGGCGACGACGCGGACCAGCGCAGCUCUAUCGCGUCCGUUGACUCCGGGACCACCUCGUCAGGGUCGAUACGAUUUGAGCAGCCCGAGCAUGCGGAGGUCUUGGACGCCCCGCCCGCGGAGACGCGGAGCUUGCACGGGAAUGAGGUUCACGUCCCGAAGAGAAUCGGGUUGGCUCCUGGCAGCCCGAGUGCUGCAAGCUUUGGGGGACGGAGUGUGGUCAGCGUUGGUUCGAGGAGUGUGAUGAGUGAGGGAGAGAUGAGUUUGACGGGGAGCUGGAGAGGACCGAAUUUGGAAAACUUGGUUAAUCAUGCAAGGAGGCAGACGCAGCAGGGGAAGAGUUGA